AUGUUUUCAUGCCCUGAGCAGCUGAAGCAAGAAUUUGGCAUAGCGUGGCAGGCAAACACAAGCCUCUCAUUGUUGGACCGCGCACUUGCGUUCGUUCCUUUCAAAACCUGGCCCCUUGGGUUGUCAAUCCAGCAUGACAGUUUUUCGUUGCACCGAAUUUACAUCCAAUCCGUUGAUCUGUUCGGCAAUCGUGUCGGUUUUGUGAAAUUGAAAUCUGAAGUCACAGAUCGCGAUGGAGACUCCCUGGCAGGUAUCUGUUUUUUGCGGGGCGGCUCCGUCGCCGUGUUGGUGAUUCUGGAAUGUGCAGAGAACGGCUUUGAGUACUGCGUACAAGUGCAGAUUGACAACGUCUGCACUGCACAGCCCAGGAACAUGGCUCUUCCUGCAGGGAUGCUGGAUGGAAAUGGUGACUUCAGUGGGGCCAUGGCCCGGGAGAUGGAAGAAGAGACGGGCAUUAAAUGUGAUGCAGCAAAUUUGGUUGACAUGACUGCCCUCGCCUACGGGGAGAAGUUUGAGGGUAUGUACCCAUCUGUUGGCGCAUGCGAUGAAUUUAUACGCCUUUUCCUUUUCAGAAGAGUCAUGCCUCAGCACGACAUCGCAGCUCUGGAAGGAAGGCUGAUGGGUCUUCGCGAGGAGAACGAGAAGAUACAGCUUUGCCUGGUUCCGUUGCCACUUAGCUGCACUGCCGGAGCAUGCCGGAAGUCUCCGCUUAUAAGUCCUGAGCUUGUUUGA